AUGCUGGGGCGUGGAUACUUCUGCAUACUUGAUAGCGUAACGGAAGCGGAGCGGUGUGCUUCUCCGGCUGCCACUUGGUCGAGAGCAAGGUCAUUAUUGAGACACCCAUUCUGCCGUGAACCAUCAAUCUUCGAGGAAAUUACCCCGAGGGCUGGCGUGCAGGGUUCACGGCCGGCCCAGGGUGCUGCCUCGUCGUGUCCUUCGAGCGGCGAUGUUUCGGAGCCGUUGAACCUCCUGACCGUUUCUAUAUUUGUGACGGCGUCGUCAGUCCAUCAUCCCGUCAGCGCCAAUAAGUUCGGAGUGAGUUUGGGAGCAACCCCAGAUGGGAAAACCAGCCACAAUUACAUAAGGGAUCGUCGAUGGCUGAAUGCUUGGCGGUUACGUGGACUGUGCUGGGCGCCAAACUCUGAGCGAGGAGAGAAGCGCAUGAAAGGGGAGUCUGGUCGCGAGGUCAAGCAGACUGACGAAAAGACACCGGCCGACGGAGCAUGGAGGAGUCGUAAGUAG